UGCGAUAAGACAUUCACGAGAAAGUUCAACCUCCAGGUGCACAUGAAAACCCAUGAUCCUGAGCGCCCACGACCGUUUCUUUGUCCUGUAUGCCAGCAGGGGUUUUCACGGCAGGUUGAUUGUAUACGGCAUACCGAAACCCAUGUCCAAAAGAAGCAUACGUGCGUAGAGUGUAACAAGGUCUUCAGCCGCAAAGAUGCUUUGAAAAGACAC